AAAUCCUUGAUAAAAUUUCAAGGAUAUAUCACAUAACAAACAAGAUACCAAAGCCAAAGCAGAACUACUCUCCUGAUGACAAGCAGACAAAACUAGGAGCGUGCAUGGCAGAAGGGAGGGGGGUUUGUUAACCAGUCAUUUCUCUUUUCUUUGGAUUCCUCUCUCUUUCUCUCUCUCUAUUAUUUUUUCUUUCAACAGAGAUUGGAAAUAAUAAGAGUCAGGGGAGAAGGAAUGGGUUCUUCUCCUCCCCUGGGUCUUCUCCUGCGGCCUCCAAACUCGGCGCUUUCUCUCUUCCUCCGCCCUUGCUUCGCCCCUCAAAACCCUAGCUUUCCCUGCUCCCCUCUCGAUGCUUCUUCCUUUCGUUUGGGAUGGGUCGGAGCCAAGAGACCUCGCGACGCUAUCAAUUCGAGACGCACGUGGCUUUGCGGAUGUUUGAGAGCAAACAGGGUCGAAAGUAAUUGGGGAAAUCAACACAGGGAUGAGGCAAUAUUGUUUGGGUCUGAUGAGGAGAAUGGGGUCCAAGUUCCUACACAAGUUCAGUCUGUUGUUGAAGGCUCGAGCACAGUUGUUGUAUCAGAGUACAAGCCCAUUCCUGAUAUCGAUUAUCUGCAGGAAUUAUUAGCCAUUCAACAACAAGGACCUAGAGCAAUCGGUUUCUUUGGGACUCGUAAUAUGGGAUUUAUGCAUCAGCAGCUUAUUGAGAUUCUGAGCUAUGCUAUGGUGAUAACGAAAAAUCAUAUUUUUACUUCAGGAGCAUCUGGGACUAAUGCAGCUGUUAUCAGAGGUGCUCUAAGAGCAGAGAAGCCAGAGUUGCUUACUGUAAUCUUGCCUCAAAGCCUGAAAAUGCAACCACCAGAGAGCCAGGAAUUAUUGUCUAAAGUCAAAAAUCUGAUUGAGAAACCUGAGAAUGAUCAUCUGCCAUUGAUUGAAGCUAGCAGGCUCUGCAACAUGGACAUUCUCUCAAAGGUACAGCAAGUCAUCUGUUUUGCAUUUCAUGAUAGCAGAUUGCUCAUGGAGACCUGCCAGGAGGCGAAGAAUCUUCGAAAAAUUGUUACUCUAUUUUACUUGGAUUGAUCUCCAUAUAGAAUGAUGAGAGAUUCAAUCUAAUUUUUGUUUAUAGGCUGGAAGAUGGGGAUCCCUCAAUUACUUUGUUCUUUUUUACUCCCUUGAUGUUUUGGAGGGGGGAAUUAGGUGUAUUUGUCCUUGGGCUUAAAAAGGAGGCUUCUAAUUAUUCCUAUUCUUCAAUAAAAGAUGGUUGAAGAUGCAAUGGAGCAGUAAAUA